CAUAUUCCGUCUUUGCAACAAUCUUUAUCAUAUAUUGUCUCCAUAAUUAUUGUUUCUCGUAUCUGGCGUUCAGGGUGGAAAAUAAUCAGUUUUAAAUCACUUCGAUCGGAUCUGUGUUUCCGAGAGUGGAGGACAGUUAUUGGGAACUGCAAAACACGAGGAAGGCAUAUUUUCUAGCAUAAUUCGCACCAGACAGUGAGUGGUUUAUUUCAAAGUGACAAACAGACAUUGUAAGAACAAGAUAAGAGCAGGGUUUCGGAGAGGCCUUCCAAUAUGAGUCUCAGUGUUGGUGGAUACGAGUGCGGGUACGCAUAUCCCGGUACAAUGGGACUGUCGUCGGCGUCGGCACAGGGAUAUUACGGUGUACAUUACCCAUCUGAGAUUCAAGCUUACCAGGACUACAGUGAAAGAGACUUGUACAAUAGUUGGGUUCUUAGCGCCGCCGGGAACCCUGAGAUGUCACCAGAUUCAUACGGAAACGUGUCGGGAACGCCAUCCCCGACGGCGACAAGUCAGUAUGGAUAUUCCGUUGCAGAGACGAUGCAACAUAUGUCACAGUGGCGGGAUUUUCAGAUGACCGACGGAGAGCUAGCGUUAGCACAUAACAUUCCUGUAUCAGAGCUCGGACAGUAUGAGGCUUACACAAAUGUUUACGGGGACCGAUGCCUGAGACGAAGAACUUCUGCAAACAGAAAAGAACGUCGGCGUACUUUAAGUAUUAACAAUGCGUUUUCAAAUCUUCGUGGUUCCAUUCCAAAUGUGCCGUCGGAUACGAAACUUUCAAAAAUCAAGACUUUAAGAUUAGCCAUCAGUUAUAUAUCUUACCUGAACGAAAUUCUAGAGAAGGGUGACUCAGAACUGGCUCAAACUGGGUUCAAGGCAGACAUCUCGCGGAAGAGGGAACGUCGUGUUUUGCCGACGGAAAAGGUCAAGAAACCAACCGACUCUUGUGAUUCGGAAGAUUCCAGAGAUAGCACAGGAAGUUACACAAGUUCUAGAGACGCUACCGGAAGUGACUGCAAAGCUAACAUCAGCGAGGACGACAAAUCAAACAGCCCAAGUGACUCUAAAAUGAAAGGACGAACAGGAUGGCCGCAGGAAGUUUGGGCUUCAGAGCUGAAGUUGUCUCCCGCUCACUUACCAACAGAUUUACCUUCCGCCGCCGGACCUUCAUGACGGAACCAUCCCUCCCCUCAAGCCCAUCGUUGUGGAUAACACACUCUUACAGAACUUUGUGAUACUGGUGUAAUAUCGUGUGAAUAGUGCCAUUAUAUUGUCGUAAUAAAUAUGAGCAACACCAGAAAUGACAAAGACUUGCUAAGUUGGCGUUGAUUCAAAAAUCGUGCACUGUGCAUUUCCACGUGCCAGUGUUAGUCUAAAAGUGCAAUAAGACUUUGAAACAACCGUCACCACAGAUAGGAAAAUAUUAUUGCAUAUUUUCUAACAAUUAAUCACCAGUUUUUAUACAAUUAAUCACAAGUUUUUAUAUAUUUAUUGUGGUAAUAUUGAUUAUAUAUAUCUUUUGCAGCUGAUAUGCACUGGAAUGCAAUUCCUUCUAAUGUUUUUUACUAGUCCAUGCCUUUGCUUUCAUAAUUCAUAUGUGCCAAAAUGUUGCUAAUUGGCUGAUUUGUAUUGUCAGAUAGUGUGGCAUUUUCAUAUUUCGCAUUUCAUUCGCAUUCUGCAAAUAAUUUCAUUAUGAUAUUGAACAAUAAUUAUAUUAUUCUACGUGGUCGCUAUUCCCAGAUUUCAUAUCAAAAAUCGUGCCGAAAUUUCCCAGGCUAUAACGUACAAACAAUACGAAGUUUCUUACAGGUUUCAGACACAGUGACAACCAGUUCUUUGAUAAAUUCCAACUUUUGUUUAUAACAACUUUGUAAUUAUACGAGGAUCUGUCAAAAUUGGCGUCUGACUGAAAACGCACGGGAUCCCGUGCCAUAUAUUUAGAAACAUUGUUUUUUUAUCAGAAAAUGUAAAGAUAUGAUCCCGUCAAAAUUUAUCUAUAACAUAGGACAUAGACCUCACACAAUUCCACAGAAGUUUUCAUGUUUUGAAAUGUUAAAUGUUAUUAAUACUGAAAAUGAUAGUUUUAUCUGUACAAAUAUUACGGGUACAAUGUAGCGCUGUUUGAUGAUGUUUUUUUAGGAAUAGAUUUUUUUAAAUGUUGUUCAGAUUCCUUUCGUCUGACAGUUUUAGAUGUAUUUUCCAUCAACGUUUGUCAAAUGUUUAUCAUGAGAAUAUAAAAUCAACCUUAAAAUAUUAAUAUCAUUAUCAUUAAAAACAUCUUUUCACCAUAAAUAUUAUCACCGUCAUCAUCAUCGUCAUCAUCAGCAGCAGCAUCCGUCAUCAUCAGUUAUCGUCAUUAUGAGUACCAUCUGUCAACGUCAUCAUCAUCAUCAUCAUCUACACAAGCGCCACAAAGUCAUCAUUACCAUUGUCAUCAUUAUUUUAGCCGUAAUCAUUAUCAUUCAUCAUCAGUCAUAAUUGUUUUAGUACAUGUUUUUGCAUUUGUUGGUG